UAAAGAGCAGGCGAGCCGAGGACGAGGACCGACGGAGCCGUACUGACGGGAAUAGACGACGAAAACACUCUCUUUUUGGUGUUAUUUUUUGCCACAUUCUGGUUUUGGGUGUCUUCGUUCACACAGCCUUUAAUGUCUCGAAAGUGAACCAGAGAGAGGAGGGCUCGCUGCUGGUAACCUUUACAUUGGUUAAGCCGUAGAGGACUCUUGCUGGUCGCCGGAGGAAAAGAUGUGCGAUGGAAUGGUAGCGUUUCAGACGAGAGCCCUUUCCUCCUCCUCCUCUUCCUCCUCCUCUCUAGCCCACAGGCUGGCUGCCUCUGCGCUUCUCCUCCUCUUCACCCUGCUCCCUCAUGGUCACGCUUCAGGUUGUGCGCGGCCAUCCAGCGUGCAGCACGGAGACCUGCUGAACCAGACCGAGGCUAACAGGGGCUCCUUUCCUCCGGGCACUCUGCUGACCUAUGGCUGCGAGCACGGCUACACUGCAGAUGGACCCACCACCAUCAUUUGUACCAGUUCUGGAACCUGGUCUCAUGAACCCCCACGCUGUACCAGAACCAUUGGUGAGCACGACUCAGUGUGCUCACCUCCCACCGAACCAGAGAACGGGGGCUACCGCUGUCACCCCACCCCUUGCCACAGCCUAACCCAGAAGACCGUCAUCGAGUACUUCUGUGACGAAGGCUACGCUCUGAAGGGAGACUACAAGUUCCUCACCUGUCAGAACGGCGAGUGGGACGCUCCGAUGCAGAUCAGCUGUCGACUCACCCAAGACAAGGAGCCAAGCUCUCCGCUGGGUAUACCAGCUCUGUCUAUCGUGGCAUCCACAGCUAGCUCUGUGGCGCUCAUCCUGCUUUUAGUGGUGCUGUUUGUUCUUGUACAGCCAAAACUCAAGUCCUUCCACCACAACAGGAGGGAGCAGGGAGUCUCAGGUCAGUCCAGCUCCAUCAUGGUGGAGGGCGUCCAGGUGACUCUGCCCUCAUAUGAAGAGGCUGUGUAUGGAAGCGGUGGACCCUGCGGUACUUCACGUCCUCCUUCUCCACCGCCGCCUCCUGCGGCUCCUCCGGAGUCUCGAGUCCCAAUCGUGCUCUCCGAGGGGCUUCCUCAGGGGGCCACAGGAGGCCAAGGCCCCAGCAGAAGCCGCCACCAUAGAGACUUAGACUUCUGUCUCCCAUCCACUUCCUCCUCUUCAUCCUACUCCUCCCGCCGUCACGCAGAGACGGUGCUGGUUCAUCAGGCCCCCUCCUCCUCGUCCUCCUCAUCAUCAUCAUGGGCCAGAGAGCACCCUGGGGGUGCAUGCGCAGCCCCCUUACCGCUCCGUAGAGACUCUGAGAGUAGCGAUCAGCACAGUCUGCUCUCUGUCACCUCUACGGAUGACUUCUCUGAUGAUAUUCCCCUGCUGAAGGAAGCAUGAAGCCUGCCAGCCUGCUAUCAGCAUCAGAGCAUCAGAGCAGCAGAGCCCCUAUCUCCCUAUCUCUCACUGCUGACCAGGACUGACUGAGGCUGUCAACCCACUUGCCCCCCCCGCUCCUUCGACUCCCCUCAGCAGCCAGCAGAGAAAAAGACUAAGAACUAUGCCCAUUCCCCCGUGCAACCUCUUCUGCCAUUGCUACCCAUGCAGAGCAAAAAGCCAACGACCAAUACCCACUGCACCAUAAGCAAUGACGGAGCACCUGGCGGCUGGAUCAAAUGAAAGACAAGCCAGACAAACAAAGUGGUGCCAGCUCAACAUAAAUCCUGUAGAUCCCUUUGUAUAUGAGUAAAACAUACAUAAUGAGUCAAGGUUGUGUACUAUAGGCUACGUAUUACCAUACACUUGCCUCUUCCCGGGUGUGGUUCUCUAUAUUAACAUUGUUCACAGAGGCUUCAUUGGAGAAGGCAAAAUCAAUCGAGACACGUCGACCGUCUGGGAUUACUGUGGAUGAAAAAAUAACAAUAAUUUAAAAAACAAAACCGUGUGAUGUUUUCGCUCCUAACACCAUGGCGUUCAGAAUCAGAAUGGUCUUCCCACUGUACUUGAAAAGUUGUGAGUGACGGCUAGGUUUUGCGGCCCUCUCUGUGAAUGCUGCAUGUUGUUUUUUAGUUAUUGCUGUCACAGCACGGUGGCCCACUCUGAAGCAUGAAGUCUCUUUUCACUCUCUCUCUCUUUCUCUCUCUCUCUCUCUUUCGCCUAGCUAUCUGUGUAUUCAGUUGGCAUCUAGAAUAUGGAAUAGCGCGAUUGAGAACCUCUACAAGAGCUAAAAGCAGGGUGCAGCCUGCAGCAUUUUACAAAGCACCAUAUCACAACUAUGAAGAACUUUCUUCUCUGUUGCCAGCUGCACCUGGUAUCUGGAAGGUGCUUCUGUCACAUGAGUGGGCUCGAUUCCUGUUUUUGGUUCUAAGAGGCAUCAUGAAACUGUGCUACAUCUCACCUGUGUGAGGGUAGGGAGACAUAACGUCACAGUUUAUCUAGAAGCUGAGGGAGGGGCUUGUCUUUCAAAAGAGCGAUCAGACACACGACUAAACUUAAAGGUGGUUUUCUUUUGAAAUUUUCUUCCCACUGUAUUUAUUGUUUUGGUGUGUGGCUCUAUUUGCUUUGGGUUGCUGAAUCUGGGUUUAUGAGUGCAUGUGUGUGUGUGUGUGUGUGUGUGUGUGUUUGUCUUGCAUCUUUUGUGUGUCAGCUAGACAGGAGGCAACAUGUCCUCAUAUGGUAGGCCUCGAUACAGCCAUUUCCUGAUUUGCCUCUUUUCGGAUCAAGAGGCCGGCUUCACAAUGUCCUUGUCUUUCACCAUAGGAAAAUAACCCUCCCAAGCACUGAAUAAGUCACAUGAAUAAGCCAGCGUCACUUCAGGCAAUGAGUCCAGUACACAAUGUGUGUAUUAUUCAUCUACUCUCCAACUAGAAUAUUUAUCAUUUUCUGCUGGAACGGCUGUAGAACACGAGUCUCCUUUAGAGGAACUGCUUUGCCCCCUUCCCUCCCCUCCCCUGCCUUCACAGUCAACCGAAGAUUCCACUUUUUGUGCAUUGUUGACACAACUGCAACUGGUUGCAGUGAAAUUUAAAAAAAAGUUUUGUUAUAUAUCACCCCGCCCCACACCCCCUCCACACACUCACUCACUCACUUACUUACUGUUUUGAUGCCAAGUGCAAAUUUUAAGAGAGAAUCAUGCUAUAAGUCUUCCUCUGUUUUCAUUGUCACUUGAAAAGCUUUGGUGGUUGAGCUGGUCACCCUGGAAACAGCAUGACUCUGGAUCCUGAUAAUUACUUUUCAAGCCUAACUGUUUAGAGAAGGAAAAAAACCCAUCUGAAUUUCUUGUUCUCUUAUUUGGCAUUUGCAGCUGUCUACUUCAUUAAUGCAAACAGAAUGUUGCCUUAGACAUGUACAUUUCUUUGUUUGUUUUUUUUUGUUUUUUUGGAUGUAUAAUCUUAAGCCUCCGCGUUGGUUGCUUUUACAAUAUUGCAACGUGUUCCGUUUUCCCAAUGGCCUUACUCUGUUAUUUUCUAUUCUAUGCAUAAAACUGUCUUUGUGUAUUUAUCAAUGAGUUAAAUUUUUGUUGUGGACACGAUUAAAAGAAUGUCCAUCCCUCUCUAUUCCCCCCCACCCCUCCCUAGCUUUUCCAGCUACUGUGAUGAUGACGACGGCGACGAACCUAUAAGCACCUAUAUUUCACUAUUUCCUUUGCUUCCCUUUUUGCUACAAGGCAUUAAAAUGUUACGGGAUUAAACUAAAAGAAGAAAAAACAAAAAACAAAAUUAACAUUGCGUUCAGAAGCACUGUUGUACGGUGUUGCUUCCCUGAAAAUAACAGGUUUAAAAAGAAAAAAAAGUACACAUCUUGAUUCUUAGUUUCAGUGCUUUCAGCUUCGGUUUUUUCCUCUGUACAUGGCAGUGGGUGUGAAAAUAGUAAUUUAAUAUUUGUAUAAAGUUUAAUUUAAUUUUACAGUGUGUAUAUAACUUUCUAAUUAAAGCUUUCUUUUGAAUGUGGAA